AUGGCGGCUACUCUUGCGCGGCUGCUGCCUCUUCUCCUCCUGCUGCUCCCGCCUCCCCUCCGGGAGUACCUCUCGGCGAGCGAGAUCCAGCAUGGGGCAAAGGACGACGCUGCCACCGGGGUGCUCCACCCCAUAGUCAUGGUACCUGGGGUGAUCUGCCCUCACGUGGAGGCGCGGCUAACCGAGGCGUACCAUCCGUCGGUGCCGCGCUGCGGCGCGAUGAUAGGGAAGCCGUGGUUCGGGCUCUGGGAGAACGCCACGGACGUUCCGGCCCACGACUACCUCGAGUGCUUCAAGGAGCAGAUGAGCCUCGUCUACGACCCGGCUGCCAACGACUACCGGAACCCGCCUGGUGUGGACACGCGCAUCCCCAACUUCGGCUCGGCGAGUGGAUUCAGCGACAAGAGGCCUCUUCACACGUAA